AUGGAUUGGGGUACUGCGGCAGAUAGCCUCACAGCGAUUGACCCCAUUUGGGCACAACUGUUCAACUUUUAUAUUGCAUUCAUAAGUUUCGCAGUAUUAAAUGUGAUGACCGGCGUAUUUUGCAACUCAGCCAUAAAGGCUGCCGAGCGUGACCACGAGAUGGUCAUCCAUUCGCUAUUGCAGAGCCGGAAAGAAUUCAAAGACUUGGUGUCGAAUCUUUUCCAAAAGAUAGACGACCUGGGUCUUGGGAUGAUCACAAUUUCUGAGUUCGAGCGGCAUUUCAACGACGAUUCGGUGCGGGCCUUCUUUGAGUCGCUGGAAAUGGGGGCUGUCGACGCGUGGACGUUGUUCGCAAGCUUGGAUGCCGACGGCGACAAUGUCAUCAGCUUAAACGAUUUUACCGAGCGAUGCAUUCAGCUUCAUGGUCCUGCAAGAUCAGUCGAUCUGUAUGCGUUGACACAGCAGAAC